UCAUGGAAGAACAUGUGAUCCAGAUAUCCAGUAGUGUUACAGAGUAUUGCCCUGUAGUCUACAAAGUGUAGAAGCGUAUUGGAGAGUAGGAUGCGAGUCUGUUGAGCUUUGACGAACGAUGAGGAUGAGCUCAGCUGAUGAGCAACUCGUGAGCCAUAAGAAAGGCAGAUACGAAGAUGAAGCCUGUGUGGAUCAUGCGUCUGUGGCUAGAGAAGCAUAGCAGACAGCAUACUGGACACCCUGAAUCCAUCCCCGAAGGUGCGGCGUCGCGCACGACGGUCAGAAGCAAGACGCUCAUCGCGUUGGCGGCGACAUCAGCAGCCACCGGGAGCCGCGCCGGUGAGCCGCUGCGUUCGAAUCCGGCGCGGGACGUCAGACACGACUCUUGCCUCAUGCGUCCACCACCAUCCCCCGGCCACCUACGACACCAACACCCUAGAUACGCAUACAUACCACUCCUAUGACCAUAUCGACACCCAUCCGUACCAGAUACACCAUGAGAUCAGCAAAAUCCACCGACUCGCGCAGUUUCCCUCGCGUUGAGAUGAGAUCAGAUAAGCCACCGCAGGGACGAAGACCGCACCGCGAGAGGAAGACAAGCCAGGGACCAGAAUGAGGAAGGUACAAGCAGGUACUCACCCUCACAGAAGUCACAAAGACUUUGCCCCGAGCUGGUGUCAUAGACCCCAGCGGCCUAGGUACCGAGCCGGCGGGAAUCAGACGUGCGGGUCGGAAGUGCCAAUGUUGGCCUGCCGCCUGAGCAGCACUCCUGACCUGUAAGGAACGUGAGU